AUUGUACACAAAUUAUAGCAACACAACACCAACUCAAUAAAAUAAAACAUAUACUACAAUACUACAUAUACACAAACUUAUCGGAAAUAAAUUAUCCAACCCACUUAAUCUCCUAGAAUUCAGCCAUGUUUCUUGGGAUAGAAAAUCUCAUGAACAUGAACACUCGUUUAACUUCACUAUAUAACUUACUAUUACUUGCUCUUCAUACAUUGAUCAUUAUAUUGUGUGCUUCAGCCCAGUCUACCCUGGAGCCUAAGGCUCCAAAUAAUUCGGUCUCGGCGAUUUUCGUGUUCGGUGAUUCUACAUCCGAUCCUGGAAACAAUAACUACAUUAGGACACCAUUUAAGAGCAAUUUUGCACCAUAUGGAAAGGAUUUCCCUAACCAUGUUGCAACCGGAAGGUUUUGUAAUGGAAGGUUGGCUACUGAUUUUAUUGCAAGCUAUAUCGGAGUUAAAGAAUUUGUGCCACCAUAUCUAAACUCGUCACUUAGUACAGACGAGCUGAUGAGUGGAGUUAGUUUUGCCUCUGCUGGAUCUGGAUAUGAUCCUCUUACACCAGCAUUAAGUGGAGUAAUUCCACUCUCAAAACAACUGGACUACUUCAAGCACUAUAGAUCAAAAAUUGAGCCCAUAAUUGGCCUGAAAAAAACUACCGAGCUCAUUAGCAAAUCAAUUUUUAUCAUCAGUGCUGGAACUAAUGACUUUGUGGUCAACUAUCUCACUGUACCUUUUCGGAAGAGAAUGUAUACUAUACCCCAAUACCAGCAAUUCUUGCUGGAAAACGUUCACCAAGUCAUCAAGGGUUUGUGGGACCAAGGGGCUAGAAAAAUAGCAGUGGCUGGAGUUCCACCAAUGGGUUGCUUGCCAAUUGUAAUCACUAUGACAUCAAACAACUCCAUUUCGCAACGCGGCUGCAUUGAAUCUCUAUCGUCCAUUGCUAGAGACUAUAACAAACUUCUCCAACUUCAUCUCAAAUCUUUACAACUUACCUUACAAGAUCAGCGCACUAAAAUUGCUUACAUAGACAUAUAUUCUCCACUGGACGACAUUGUCCAUUCUUCAGGAAAUUUAAAUUACAGUUUUGAAGAGGUAAGCAGUGGGUGUUGUGGUACAGGUUACCUGGAAACAGCAUACUUGUGUAAUCCUGCAUCGUAUGUUUGUAAAGAUGCAUCCAAGUGUGUGUUUUGGGAUUCCAUCCACCCUACUGAAAUGACUUAUUACCUCGUUUUCAAGGCCCUUCGUCCAGUCAUUGACUAUAUCAUUAAAGAUUGAAAUCCUAUUAUAUAUUUCUGAAUCAUCUCUUUAUGUAUAAAAAUGCAUUCAUCAAUUGCACUAGUUUUUGUAUUUAUACAGAUCACGUGCUCAUUCAUUACAUGUUCAAGAAUUCUUCUUGUGAUGAUUUGAGAUUGAACUCAAACAACAUAAAUGAAGAACAUUACAGCUCUA